AUGGCCGCCACAGCUCAAGAUGACGACGACGUGGAGAUACUCAGAAAAUGCAAGGUACCAACCACAUUCAAUCGCCCUCAUGCCAUCUUCGUUGCCCAUGCUAAAAUUAAGAAACCUUCACAGAGCGAAUGCAACCGCCGCUUCAAGGCCCUCGGCAUCAUGAACAACUGCGACAAGGACGACUCCGACCACCAGUGCAUGUGCGAAACACCAGGCUUCUACGGCCUGUACAUGUGCUGUCUGGAGGAGGUGUGCGCCGAGUACGGUCUCGAGGUGGGCUCGGAAGAGGGCGACCAGCGACUCGCCGUCCCUUGUGUCGUGGACUCGACAUCCCGGCAGGUGACGCUGAGCUGUCCCGCGCAGUACUCGAUGACGAAUUUCGAUGACGUCUCUACAAUGUCGAGUUUGAUUGAGACAUUGGGCACCACCACUACCACCACCACCACCACCACCACAGACGCGGCAUCGACCACGCCCGCGUCCACUCUUGCCACCCGGACGUCCAUGUCUCUCCUAGUGGACACGCUCGUUCCGAGCGAAACAGGGCAAGGUGGGAAUGGUCAAGGAAACGCCGACAAAGCCGCCACAAUCGGUCUAGGCGUUGGCCUCGGCGUGGGCGUCUCCCUGUCCCUCGUCGCGCUUGGGUUCACCAUAUUCUUCCUCCGUCGACAACGAAAGCAGAACCGUCCCGCAGAAGAUACCGAGCCACCUGCUCCUCCCGCACAGCCCUCUGAAGCCGUGCACGAAGACGCCAUCGUGAGAUGUGCGCCUCACGAGCUGGGGAGCGCGGAGAAGGGUCCGUCAGAAUUGGCAGCUGCCCGUUCGCCGACCGAGAGCAGCCACAUCAUAUACGAGUUGCCUGGCGAUUCCCGAACACCAUAUGGUCGGGCGGUAUGA